AGCCCCUUUAACAUUGUUCAGCCAACGUUACGAUGUUGGUCACCAACGAGAAGUGUAUGUGUUCAGCUGCCAGGAGACCAGUUGCAUGGACAAGGUGUAGAGUCCCUGCCAAUUGCGAAACACACUCCGGGAGCCACCAUUCUCGGUUUCGCAUCGUCCUCCCAUCAGUAACUCAACCAUGCACUACGGAGGCGAAAUGUCCAUGCACACGGUUGCCGUGUACGCCCCAGAAAGUGUCAAGCACCUCCAUCAGAAAUCAUCUGCCAACAGCAACACGACCAAUCCCAUGAAAAUAGGUCGGCGACAACGUACUACCACGAACGAGUCGCACGCGUCCAGCGCCACCAGCAACGCCACCAAUCCCAUGAAAAUAGGUCGGCGACAACGUAUCACCUCGAACGAGUCGGACUCGUCCAGCGCCACUCAGUCGUCUCGCGAUUGUGUCCAAGGCAUGUAUGACUACAGACCCGAGUAUCAUUUCAACCUGAGCGCAAUGCUCCUCACACUGACCGUCAGCGUGGGCAAUGGAAACGAUCCCCAGCCAACUUCGCUGGCCCCGUCGUUGUCCAUGGGGCCGCCAAUAUUGAGUUUCCACGGCGGCCGAAAAGUACGGCACACAGACCAACAGCACAAGGGUCACGAAGGACCUGGCGGGAAACGAGAUAAGAAGUUCACCGAUAUAUUUCGAGCGGACAUGGCCCUGCGGAUGUAAUUGCUUGAUGUCUUUUUCUAAAUCGUGAAAAAAAGAGGU